UUUGUGGAGAUUGGAGUGGGAUUGGAAUAAAAAAAUGGUUCAUGAUUGUGUUGGGUUUCUGUGUUCUUUGGAAUUGUUAUUGAAAUGUGUUAGAAUCAAUGCUACCUAUAAUUUUUUCCUUUCCAGUAAGAUAUUGAAAAAUAAUAAUGCCAGAGUCUCUGUUUAGCGAGAUAUGUCUGGAUGAAGUUGGUUUUCUCGGCUCACAGUGCUCCGUGGAAGAGUGCCGCAGUGCAGAUGAUACUGGCGAUUCAAGUUGCACGACACUGGAUCGUGUCAGCAUCACUGUUCCCUACAGCAAUGCCAGCUUUGGUCUGAGACUGCUGCUGAGUGCAGACAACCUGGAGCUGGCCCCAGAUUUCAUUUUCGACGACCCCACGUUUCUGUCGAGCUGCGACGCCGCCGAUCUGGAGAAGUUGGUGCCGGCGCUGCGCGACUGGCGCCGCCUCUCUGACCUGCCGGCUCUGCUGCGUCAGCUACUCACCGCCUACAAGUCGCACGUGGUGAGUCGGCUAACCCCCGGCGGAGCCCUCUUGGACGGCUACAGCCAGCUGCUGGCUGAACUCGGGCCGGACGCCCUCGAGCCGAUGGUGGCCGCCGGAGAGGUGCGCCCGGCGCUGUACGUGCUGGUCCGCCUCCCGCUGGACCUGUCGACCCUCUGGGAGCGGCCACCGCCGGGCCGGCGGCCGUGCGCGCUGCUGCUGCUCAAAGCCACGGAGAACGGUGGCGUCAAGGCGCGUCUGCGGCUGUCCCCGGCGCUGGCGGCGCUGGCGACUGACUGUCGGCUACCGCCGCCGGCCAGCCGGCCACUCACCGAGUACGUACAGCUGGUUACCGAGCUCACCCAGCGCCAACUCCAGGAGGGCUCGGACGCGGGCCGGGCGCGCCGGCUGCUGGUGGCCGCACUGGUCACCGCCGCGCCCGACCGUCUGCUGGACCUGAGCGCCGACUGCAGCCGCAUAUCGCUGCGAUGGGACGGGGCCGUGGCUGAGCUGCUGCUGGCUGCCUACCCGCGCCGCCCGGCCACCCUCUGUCUGGCGUCGACAGCCGGCCGGUGGCGGCGCGAGGUGCCCCUGACGCUGUCGCACUCUGCGCCAGUGCCAGAGGUGGUGGACAUGAUCCUGGACAAGGUGGAGGAGCUGCUGAAGGGCGUAGACCGGGAUUCGGACUCGGAUGAGAGCCUCCUCUGAGAGAUAUUGGGAGAGAUAUAGGGAUUCGUGGUGCCCAUUUCGAAGUCAGUACCUGUGAAGCGAAGACUUUCAGUGCGUUCUUUUUUGUAUGGAGUUUGUAGCUUUGUGAUGUGUUCGGACGUGAUGAUAUGCGAUGAUCCAGCGAUGCAAUGAAUGUGCUGGCGUUAGAUGCAGAUGCUAAAUGUACUUUAAGUGUUCUUUUUCAUCCAUCCAUCCAUCAAUCCAUCCAUCCAUCCAUCCAUCCAUCCAUCCAUCCAUCCAUCCAUCCAUCCAUCCAUCCAUCCAUCAAUUUCAUAUGUAUUGGAUAAUUAAUGAGUGUGAUAUUUCAUGCAUCCAAGCUUUUUCUGCAGCACUAUCUUUCUGGCUCUCAGAGUGUCUUAAUGCAUCGAUUUAUAUACUAAACCUUGAUAUAUAAAAACUGGCCUUA